CUUUGCGCACCAGUCAAAACUGUGGUUGUCACCAGUUAGCUCUGAAGCGACACAGAAGUCAACGUCUAGAGCCAUGGCGAGACCGAACAAGCGCAAACUGAGCUCCUCGCCUGCAGCCAAGCCUUCUGCGAAGCCGUCGAAGUACGCGAAGGAGGCAGCCAAGCAGGAGCAGCGCAGUGCCAAGAGCAGUAGCAACAAGGCGCAGCUCUUCGACUCAGAUGAAGAGGGGCAGGAUGACGAGGAAGAAGAGGACAGUGACGAGGAGGGACCCGAGGCUGACGAAGGAUUCUCCGAUGCCAACAAGAGCUGGUUGAAGCUCAAGAAGAGCAAGGGCAGCGAUGAUGAGGACGAUGAAGAAGCAGAAGAAGAGGAUGACGACGAGGAGGAGGAGCUCGAUAUUGAGCGUAAGGCUCGCCUCUUGGACGAGGAGGAGGCUCUACAGGCCCAGGAGGCCGAGGAAGAAAUGCGCCUCAACAUUGCUAAUAAUGAGCCGUACCACCUGCCGACGGAGGAGGAGCUAGCCGAGGAGGGCGAGGGUGACGAUGACAUGUCGGACCCUGCCGAGGUCUACCAGCGCAUUAAGGACGUGGUGGAGGUGCUGUCUCACUUCAGCGCGCGUCGCGAGCCUGGCCGCUCCCGCGUGGACUACAUGGAGUCUUUAGCUAAAGACCUGGCCGGAUACUUCGGCUACAACCGCGAGCUGAUCGACAUGUUCCUUAAAAUGUUCUCUCCUGCCGAGUGCGUCGAGUUCGUGGAGGCCAACGAGCAGCCGCGUCCUCUUGUUAUUCGUACCAACACUUUGAAGGCGCGUCGUCGUGAUCUGGCCCAGGCUUUGAUCCAGCGCGGUGUCAACCUGGAUCCUCUAGCGAAAUGGUCCAAGGUGGGUCUCAAGAUUUACGACUCGCCUGUGCCCAUUGGUGCUACGCCCGAGUACCUUGCCGGCCACUACAUGCUGCAGUCAGCUUCGUCGAUUUGUGCCGUGAUGGCUCUUGCCCCGCAGAUGAACGAGCGCGUGUUGGACAUGGCUUGCGCUCCCGGUGGUAAGACGACAUACAUUGCUCAGCUGAUGAAGAACACGGGCACGAUUAUUGCUAAUGACCUGAAGAAGCAGCGUCUCAAGGCUACAGUUGCUAAUCUGCACCGUCUUGGCGUCAAGAACACGUCGGUAUCAUGCUACGAUGGCCGCAAGGUGCCAAGUCUGUUCAAGGGUUUCGACCGCGUUCUUCUCGAUGCUCCAUGCACGGGUAUGGGUGUUAUUGCCCGUGACCCGUCCAUCAAGACACAGAAGGGUGAGAAGGAUGUACAGCGUCUUGCUCACUUGCAGAAGGAGCUGCUGCUGGCUGCUAUUGAUGCUGUGGAUGCCAAGUCCAAGACUGGCGGAUACAUCCUGUACUCGACGUGUUCCGUCAUGGUGGACGAGAACGAGUCGGUUGUCGACUACGCUCUGCGCAAGCGCUGCGUCAAGCUGGUUGACACGGGUCUGGACCACGGCAAACCGGGCUUCACCCGCUACCAGCAGCAGCGUUUCCACCCGUCCGUGCAGCUCACUCGUCGAUUCUAUCCUCACGUGCACAACAUGGAUGGAUUCUACGUUGCCAAGUUUAAGAAGUACGCCAACACAAUGCCUUCGGAAGAGAAGGAAGCCAAGAAGACCGCUGAGGAGCUCGAGGAGGAGGAGGAAGAGGCCAACAUGACCAAGAAGCAGCGUGUCAAGGCCAAAAAGGAGCGUAAGCAGGCAGCCGAGGACGUUGAAGCUGAGGUGACGCAGGAGGACCAGAGCGAUGUUGAAGAGGAAGACGAGGAGGCCAAAAGACCCGCGAAGAAACAGAAGCAGGCGCCAAAGAAAGGCAAGAAAAACGCUGGCAAAGGCAAGAAACCCAACCGGCCGCGCAAGAAUUAGACAGCACGACUUGGAGCUCCGGUCCAAAUUGUCCUUCAAGGGUAAUAGAUAACUUUUUUGUUCACUUU